UUCGAUAGUAUCGAUUUCUUUCAUCACUAAUCUAAAUUGCAUUUUUAACCAAAACAAUAUUUUAAAGGUUUAGAAAUUGAUUUAUUAAAAAUGUUAAAACUAUAAACAGGAUAUAUGACCCUAACAAUAUAAGUCAUUAAAGUACUUUUUGCAAUGAAUGCAUCGUUCCAUUCAUAUAGAGAUUUACUAGUGGCACAUCCCCAAGAUUCCUCAAGUCCGGAAAAUUUUGCUCCCGUAGUUAUUGGUUAUAGAAAUACUGCCAACAAUAAGGAUAUUGUCGAGACCAGCUCAAAUAUUUCUUCGUCUCAUUUAUCGUUCAUGGACGAAUCGUCAAACGAUUUCAAUAAUCAUCAGUUAAUUCAUCCUAACUCUCUAAUUAAAGUGUGUGGUGGUUGUGGAGAUAAAAUAAGUGAUAGAUAUCUUUUAUAUGCUUUAGACAGAUAUUGGCACAAUGGUUGCCUAAAAUGUCAUUGCUGCGGAGCCAUGUUAGCCGAAGUCGGUUCCAGCUGUUUUACACGAAGAGGUUUGAUACUCUGUAAAAAAGACUACUCCAGUAUGUUCGGAUGCUCUGGAGUAUGUUCCGGAUGUGGCGAAACAAUUCCUCCAAGUGAAUUGGUAGCAAAAGCGCUUACUGGAAUAAAUAAUAUUGAUAUACAAAGUCAACAAAAACAAAUAAUUAACUGUGUAUUUCAUCUAAGGUGCUUUAGUUGUGCAAAGUGUGGCUCAAGUCUACGCCCUGGUGAUAGGUACACGAUGCUAGGAGCCAGCUUGGUGUGUGAACAGGAUUGGCAUAAACUGCUCAAAAGCCCAGCAAAUUCGAAUGGUACGCUUGCACAAAGGAAAGGGAAAGUAGGAAGACCCAGAAGAGCCAAGGAUUAAUAAUAUUUAAUGUCUUGUAUUAAAUAAACGUUUAUUUUAGAACACAGUUCAUUUUAUAGAUUAUCUUUAAAAAUUCAAUUAAAUCAAAAUGUAAUAAUCCGAAA